GUGUUUUACUACUCCACUGGGAUAUUCGAGCGAGCGGGUGUGCCCCUGCCGGUCUAUGCAACUAUUGGUGCAGGAGUGGUGAACACCGCCUUCACCCUGGUGUCUCUGUUUGUGGUGGAGCGUGUGGGCAGGAGACCGCUUCACCUCACAGGUUUGAUGGGAAUGGCAGUUUCAGCUGUUUUUCUGACGGUUGCCAUGGCGUUGUUGGACCAGCUCAAAUGGAUGUCCUAUGUCAGCAUUGGGGCCAUCUUCAGUUUUGUAGCCUUUUUUGAAAUUGGCCCCGGCCCCAUCCCCUGGUUCAUCGUGGCUGAGCUCUUCAGCCAGGGGGCCCGGCCAGCUGCUAUUGCAGUCGCUGGUUUCUCUAAUUGGUCUGCCAACUUCUUGGUGGGGAUAAGCUUCCCGUAUGUUGAGCAACUCUGUGGCCCCUACGUCUUUAUCAUCUUCACCAUCCUGCUGCUCGGCUUCUUCACCUUCACCUACUUUAAGGUUCCUGAGACUAAGGGCCGCAGCUUCGAUGAAAUCACAGCAGGCUUCCGGAAGUCUGCAGGUCUGGGCGCUGGCAAGUACUCUGCCCCUGAAGAGUUCAACACCCUCAGGGGAGAUGACCCUGACCUUUAAACACUGCUGUUCAUGCACACACUCACCUGCAGCCACGUUUUUACUUUUAGGACAGUAUUAUCGUGUUUCUCGUAUGCCAUAAACUAAUGUUAGGGUCAGUAUUACUCUACAGACUGUGAUAAAGUUGGAUGGCUUGCUAUCACUGUUAGUAACUGUGGGCUCCGUCUGUAGGUAUUCUAACGUAAGUAAAAAUGGCAUCUAAUAGUGGGUUAAAGGGAGAGUGAGAGACUAGAAUGUA